GCCCAGUUUCUUCGAAUGCUGUCACUGCUCCUCCUCUCGCUCGUAUCAUCGAUCAGAAUCCUGCCACUGCUCCUCGCGCUCGUUUCAUCGUUCAGAUUCCAUCGUAGCAGCGGACGUUGAGCAGCAAGACGUGCUUGUACUCUCUGGAUUCUCGCUGUUCCUGACCUUCUCUAGACCGGCUAUCCGUCUAGAGACGAGCGGAAGAUCGCUAUCUGAUCGCAGGCUCAGGAAGAUCGAUCCUGUUGGUCACAUCAGCACCCGUGCUCCUGGUUUUACACAAUACCAUCCGGUGCCUCAAAGUUUUUUAUUUCCGCGUUUUCAUCGGAAUUUGCACUUAAAUUUGCACUGAACCGGCGAAGCUCUGCUACUCAAUCAUCGUACACGCCAUAGUACAAGAUGGUGAACACAGGACAGUUGAUCGUAGGGAUCCUUGGAAAUAUCACUUCCAUAUGUCUUUUCGCGAGUCCAGCGUUUCGCCCAUUCUGGACAAUCUACAAAACAAAAUCAUCGGGCGAAUUUACUGCAUACCCGUACAUCGCUACUUUGUUCAAUUGUGCCCUUUGGUUGAUAUAUGGAUCACCAUUGGUGCAUAAGGCUGUACUGAUUUUAAUUAUCAAUGCAAUCGGGGUUUUCCUCGAGAUACUGUACAUCUGUGUAUACAUCAUCUACAGCAGCCCAAAAAAGCGAGUAAUCGUCAUGGGCUUGAUGUGUGUGGCUGCUGCGAUAUUAAUAGCAGUGGCAGUUUUGAACAUCUACGGUUUCGAUAAUGACCACACGAACACAAGAGAAACUUUCACCGGUGUUCUGUGUGCGAUUGCUGGAGUGUGUAUGUACUUCUCUCCUCUUUUAGUAAUGCGAUUAGUCGUCAAGACGAGAUCCGUGGUGUACAUGCCACUACCAAUGUCCAUCUUCGUACUGCUGAACGGGAUCAUGUGGAUGGUUUACGGCUUAAUCGAACAUCCCCUCAACUUAUAUAUCACGAUACCGAACGGAAUGGGGGUGAUACUUGGUUUGGUUCAACUUAUUCUCUACGCCGUGUACAGAAAACAAGUGGAUCUCGGUAAAUCUACAGAUGCCGAAUCCGCAGUGCAGGUUGAGCAUGCAGAGGCCCCAUAGUUCUACCUAGGGGAUGGCAUGACACAACACUGCAAAAUGUUAUUGUGGUUUCAAACUUAGUGUAGGAUGGAUGCGAACUAUGAGGGUGUCCAGAUCAACAGACUUGAUUUUUGUAAUGACCGACUCAAGAGGAAUAGUUAACUCGUUACGAACAAAUCACUUGGUGCAUUUCUCAUCGUCAGGUGUUUUCAGCUAUAGGACCCACACUUUUCUGCUGUGGAGGUAGGAUAGUUCAUCUACUCUCAAUGAUGAGAAAUAGCGCCGCUGUAAUUUAUUUUUUAUUCCUCUGGGAAAUUACACUACAUGCUCAAAAACAUGAUAUAAAGAAGCCA